AUGUAUCUCUUAAAGUCGGUUUUUUGCUUCUCUUAUUCAGUCUUUUUCAUCCACUCUCUUCCCUCUCCCUCCCUCUCCCUCUGUCUUUGUCUGUCUGUAUGUCUGUCUCUCUCUGUCGCACCCCACUUUUGCAUCUAUUUUUCUUACUGCCUGGAGUUCUUGUCGCGACCGCCACCCUUCUGCACAUUUCAGAAAACGUGUUCACACGACCCUUUUCUGUUUAACUCCAGAUCCCUACCACUCUCUUUGACGUACUUCUGCACAGUCUUACGUCUUUACCUUAAAAAAUUCUCUUCCUUCCAAUGUUUUCUAUUUAUAUUUUCUCUCUCUCUCUCUCUCUCUCUCUCUCUCUCUCUCACGAUUUUUCUCUUUCUUUUUAUUUAUUUCUAUCUGCUUCACUCUCUCAUUUGCUCUUAUUCUUUUUCUCUUUCUUUCUCCUCCUUACCAUUAACCAUCUCGUCAGUGGCCAUUUAUUUUAUUUAUUCUCUUAUAUUCUUCUUUCCGCUUAACACUUUUCUUUAUAGUAUUUUUAAACUAGGGAGGGGUCUCCUUGUUUUUAAACAAUGUAAACCACGAUUACUGCCUGCCCAGUCGACAGACUUAAGUAAUGAACAUGUGCUCCCCGAUGGGGUUCGAACCUGUCUUUCUUCUUUUGUGAAAAACACUCCCCUACCUGAUACUCUGUGUCCGGUAGGACGGCUACGGCGUGGAGACAGACGGGGUGACGUCACAAUUGGCGCCGCGACUAGGACAGCACGGCGGGUGCAGCCAGACAGACGCCACGAUUGGCGCAGCGACAUCGGCGGACGUCACAUAUGA